CUCUACCAAAACGUCUUGCUGAACUGCUACUGUCGGCUGCUCCAUACGCUAUCAAUGUCGUAAGAACAACACAAACAGGCCAUGUCCUUUAUUUUAAAUGUUCUUGGUUGCCGACACUGGGAAGGGAAUUCUGUUGGCUUGUUCAUCCAAAAAUAAAAACAAACCAAAAAAAAACUAAAAACGAUUAGCCCCGACUUUCGCCACAAUGUGUUCAGCUUCAUGUUGAAAGUGACAAAGUCACUGGAAAAUGUUGCCACUGUUGCAUUGUGGGCCAGUUGAUUGACACGGCGGCCAUUUUCCCGCUGGACCCUGGUUCCCAUUGUGGGUCCGAAGAAGAAAAUACAGACAAGCGGAACGUUUCUCACGCCUCUAACAGACUUUCUCCGUAGGUAAUCUGAAUCAAUUAUGGCUCGUACCAAGCAGACUGCCCGUAAAUCCACUGGAGGCAAAGCCCCACGUAAGCAGCUGGCCACAAAGGCUGCCCGUAAGAGUGCCCCUUCCACCGGUGGUGUCAAGAAGCCCCAUCGUUACAGGCCCGGCACUGUGGCACUGCGUGAGAUCCGUCGUUACCAGAAGUCCACUGAGUUGCUGAUCCGCAAGCUGCCCUUCCAGCGCCUGGUGAGAGAAAUUGCUCAGGACUUCAAGACUGAUCUGCGUUUCCAGAGUGCAGCCAUCGGAGCUCUGCAGGAGGCUAGCGAGGCCUACCUGGUGGGUCUGUUUGAAGACACCAAUCUGUGCGCCAUCCAUGCCAAGCGUGUCACCAUUAUGCCCAAAGACAUCCAGCUGGCUCGUCGCAUCCGUGGGGAACGUGCUUAAACACUGUCCUGUCCUGCCUCCUUCUCACCUCUUCUUCUCCUUCCUUCACCAGUCCAUCUUUUCCUUACCCAGUCCUUAGUCUGUUCCCUUCUUUCCCCAUGUUGGUAGUGUGUAGAGAAAAAAAUUAUUAUAUAUGAAUAAAGUGUAUAGUUGUGUUUUUUCUUAGUGCUCUUGGCAGCAGAUUUAUAGGGUACUCUUUUUGUGCAUGUACCUGCUUGAUGGUGAUCAGAUGUACACAAGCACACACUCACAUACAUGUCUCCUAGUUUGCACCGUUUCCACUCUGCCGCAAGAAACUCCCAGGUAUGAGGUAGAGGAUGAUUCGGACGUGGGCGUUAAAGAUAAAUCAAGCGAUGCAACUCUGGGAGGCACAGGCAGGAGAAGGGGAUGGGUAUGUGUCUGCUGAGAGUCUUGUCUCCCUAGCAGGGUGCUAGAACAACAUGCCUUGUCCUCUUCUGCUGCCAACUUCUCACUACCAGCCGCCAACCAACCAACUUGUGUUCAGAGACUUGAUUGCACUGGUAAACAAUUGUUUAUGAUGAGGCUGGCAUUGCUGCCCCUGUGUGUUUGUGUGAGCGUCGGCUCUGAUCAGCAAAGCAAACUACAAUUCAUAAGCGUUUUUGGAAAAGUUGAUUUAUUAUUACCACAUUGAUGAUUUUUUUUUUUAGUUGGUUUUGUUGUUGUUUUUUCCCAGUAAUGCGCAAAUACCGAUGGGGUGGGAUUUUUCACUGCAAAACUUUUUGUGAAUAACGAGAAUGGGGGGAUGAAUCAGAUUAAAAAAUAUUACAGAGAGCAAAUCAGCUAUGAAUUAUUUUGUUUUCCAGUGUAUCAAGCUACUGACUUGUUUAGGCAACCAAAGUUGAAUCCUGUGAAAUUAUCUUCUAACUGAAUGAAUAUUACAUCACUUUUCAAAUUGGUGCCCUAAGCUAAUUAUAAAGGUCAAAGGGCAAGAACUGGUGUGAUUCCUGUGAGGGUUUUUUCAGUGGGUUCUGAUCAAGUACCUUUUUUACGAUCAAGGUUUGUGGGGAUUUGUUCUCCAAAACCAAAGGCUAAGUGUGAAAUAAAUGUGUUUAAACUGAAAUGACAAGAUGUAAAAUGUAUUGUUCAUGUUACGUGUUACAUGAUCAAGAAUUCUGGUCAGGUUUCCUGUAUACGUCCCCCUUUACUUCUGCUCAGCUCAGUUGAUCAUCUGUGUACAUUUUCUCAGGUUGACUCGUCACACCUUUAACUUAAUAUUUUUUCUCAAUUUGAUUUUUUUUUAAUGUUGAGGAUGGCGUUUCAAAUGUUUGUAAUUUCCAGAUUUGUCAUAUAAAGUGGUAAUAAAUGGAUGUUACACAACC